GGGGGGGGGCGGUUUUCGUUUCCCCCCCACACCCCGCCGCCGCGCUCUCUUACUCCUUGUUGCGUGUUUUUUUUUUGCCACGUUCUCGGCGCCCACGUCGCGCGUAGGUCUUUUCAAGGCGGUGAGAUGGCAGAAGGCGCCCCUUUUGACGCCCCCCGCCCCGCGGCGGAGGGGGCGCGCGGGCUCGAGGCGACGCAGGGAGAGACGCUUAAUCGCCUCACGGCGUUGCGGCGGGAGCUCGAGGCGCUCGAGCAGCGGUCCGCCGCGCUCCACGCAGAGUGCGAGCGCCUGGCGCCGCGGCGCGUCGUCGCGGCCGUUGGGUCCGCGCUAGCCCGGCUGGAGGCGCGCGUAGCGGACUGCCGGCGCCGCGCCGGCUCGCUAAGAGAAGGCGGCCGGGGUGCUGCCUAG